AUGGAUGAAUGUAGUCGUGUUCCUAUGUUUCCGGAACAAACUGUUAGUUUUUUUUUCAUUUCUGGAAUUUUUAAAUGAUAUUUGAUUGCAGCUAAGGGUUUCUAAUUAUAUCACAUCGUUUACUGAAUAUUCACAACUUUUCAAAGAUUUUCUCAAACGAAUCACAGAACAAGAUCCUAGAGGCCGAACUGCCAUUGUAAAAGUUAUCGCUAAAAUAAAUGAUGUAGUCACAUAUCUAGAAACUAUUAUGUACAAUCCACAUAUUUCAGUGAAUUAUGAGGUGAGCAAUCUUAAAUCUAAUUUUAAUUAUGCGCAAUCUUUUCAUUUUUUCAGAUGGUUAUGUUGAACGUCGAAACAAAGCAUACUGUAUUGAAAAAAUCAGUUGAUGAACUUGAAAAGCUGCAAAGAAACAAUUGUGGUAACUUUGUCGCUCUGAAAAACAUUGCACAACUCCGCAAAAUUAAUAACUGGAACUGA